GGUUGGAUAGCUAAUCAGGCAUCUUCUAUCUUUUCUCCACAGAAUAAAAUCACUUGUUCACCUUAUCUACUGCUUUGGAAAAACAAAUCACCAUCUGAAUGAGGAACACUGCUUGCCCUCAGCCUGUCACUGUUUACUUCCAUAGUGAAUUUUUCAUCCCAAAAUCCAUUGUAAAGUGCCCUGCAUUUAUGUUGGAACAAAACUGAAAUACAUUCACCACUUUUAAUCUUGAGACCCUUCAAUGAAUUCGGGUUUCAAACAUCUGUCAACCAGGUUCGUUCAUCCAACAGCAAUGAAGCUUCUUCUGGUGUUUGAUUUUGACCAUACAGUUGUAGAUGAAAACACUGAUACCUGGAUUGUGAAAUGUGCGCCUGCUUCAAAACUUCCUGAUGAAAUAAAACAUUCCUAUAAAAAAGGACAUUGGACGGAAUAUAUGGGCAGAGUCUUCAGAUACCUGGGGGACAAUGGAGUGAAAGAAGAAGAGAUGAAAAGGACUAUGACAACACUCCCUUUCACUGCAGGAAUGAAAGAUCUCCUGGAUUUUAUUGGUAAACACAAAGACUUUUUUGACUGCAUAAUUAUUUCAGAUUCCAAUGCAGUAUUUAUUGAUUGGAUUUUAAAAGCCGCUAAUGUCUCUCACCUGUUUGAUAACGUGUUUACAAAUCCUGCAAGCUUUGAUGGCUGUGGCUAUCUUACUGUACAGAAUUGUCACAUUCAUGAUUGUGCAAAGUGCCCUGUCAACCUCUGCAAAAGAAAAGUCUUAGAAGAAUUUGUAGAAACCCGUUUAACUUCAAGUAUGAAGUACUCACAAAUUAUAUAUAUAGGUGAUGGCGGGAAUGAUCUGUGCCCAGUAAUGUAUUUGAAAAAGAAUGACAUUGUUAUGCCAAGACAUGGAUAUACGCUGGAGAACAUGAUUUCUCAGUUGUCUCAAAAACUUAUUCCUGUGGAGGCAUCAGUUGUCAGCUGGUCAUCUGGCAUGGAGAUACUGGAAUAUUUAGAGUUGCUUAUAAAAUGAUAGUUCUUAGUAAUGGCGAUAAACAGUAAAUAAAAUGGUGCUGCUAUUUUGAUCUAUGUAUGGUAGGAUCAUUUCCCUCUGAAUGUUAGAAAAUUUAACACUUUGUUUACACCACUUUAAUUCAUUGUCUUCCCUUCUACGUAGUCAGUAAUUGAAGGGAGAUGGGAUGGAUGGGAAGUGGACUUGAAAACGGGGAGGAACAUAAUGAAUGAAACAGAUGCCAAAGUAAUUGUCAAAUGUAGUUGCUAUGUAACAUCUAUAUAAAGGAGCAAUAUGGUCUGUUUUAUGACAAAUUGGGUCUCCUCUAAUAGUUUACAGGUCAAGAAAAUGUAGGUAACUACUUUUCAGAAUAUUCUUUUCUAUAAAUAAAAAAAUUGCUCAAAUUCUGCAAAAUGGCAAAAACCACUGGUAGAAAGUGAAAAGAUUACAUUGCCACAAGCCAAGACUGGGCUAUGGUAUCCCACUUUCAGCAGCAGUAAUUUUCUGUCCAUCCGUUAAUUUUGUCUAAAGGCAUAUGGGUGAAUUUUUGUUGACCUAAAUGAAAUGUGGUUUUGGUUUUUAUUCUUACCAGCACAUUUAUGUCCUUACCCUAAGAUCCCUAUUAUCGGCAAGGUAUCUAAAUACCUUCAUUGUAUGUAAGUAAGAAGACAUUUCUUCAUAAUCUCAUCAUAUAAUUUAUUGUAGACAAUUAUUUUGUGUGUAACAAAAGGUUUCUUGCACAUCUGUACAGCAUGGCAGCUGUCUCUCCUCCCAUUUAACAGAUACUCUUCCAUUUAGUCAAUAAUUAUCACCAUUCUGUAUCAGUAUCAGAUUAAUUGGUCAAAAAGCUACAGGUGAUGUAAUGCACAGGCAGUAUCAGUAAGGAACAAAUAGGAGCAACAUUUACUUUGUACUUUCAUUUUUUUACUCAUCCUUACUAUGCAAAUGCACUGUGAGGAAUUCACAGCCAAAGAUGCAGUGAAAUAAAUAUACUCCCCUUGAACUCCUAUGUGCAAGAUUGGAGGUUCAAGGUGGAGACAUUGCAAACAAUUUUAGAUAGUUUGAAACUGAAUGAUUACUUGCUAUCAGUAGAUUUAUGAGAAGCUUAUGUUUCGAUCACAUAGGCAGUCACGAUCAACUCAGGGCACUUGUCCUUCAAUCUGGCUUCAGCACCCAGGGUAUUCACCGAAAUAGUAGUUCCUUUGAUAGUGUUUAUUGAACAGCAAGGGGCCCAGUUGUUUCCCUAGUUAGAUACUAGCAAAAAUAAAGGUUUCUCCUUGAUAUUAAGUCUAGAAGUGUCCUACUCGCGUGUGUUGCUAAUCUCCAUUUCUAAGCCGAAGAGCCGGCAUUGUCCAUAAACACCUCCUAGGUCAUGUGGCUAGCAUGACUACACGGAGUGCCAUUGGACACCACCUUACUUAAAACUGAGUGCAGAAAGGUUAGCAAAGACUUCAAACUAAUUUUGCCGCAUCUCCAAACUUAUCAAAAAAAUGCUGAUAAGUUUAAUAAAGAGUCAAGUAGUGUCGACACAGAUCACAAUCUUUGGAUAGAAUAAGCAACCAGUUUGUAUUUUAUCUUUCAAUAGAAAGGAAAAGGAAAAUAAAAGAAGAAAUAGUCACUUUGAGAAAACAGUAGAUUUAAUGCAUCUGACCAAAAUACUAGGGAUAGUCAUUGCAAGUAUUCAAACAGCUCUGUGCCAAGGUUUCUCACCAAGACAUUGCAAGUGUUUAUGAGACCUUACCAGAAGGAAGUGAUCUGGAAAUUACACAUCUUUUAGCAGUUGCAGAGAGAUAGAUCACACAGGUUUACUUUGAAGUUCAAUGGGACUUACUUCCAUGCAAGUGCAUAUAAAUCUGCAGUCAUACAUUUCAAAUUAGGAUUUUCCUAAGAUGUUUGUGUUACUGAGGCACCAUAUGUAUCUUUGCUAAUACCUGUGAGAGUAUCGCCAAGAGUUUCUAAUCCAUUUUCUCACCAUUUAAAAAAUUAUUUGUUUUUAAUGAAGGUUUUUAAACAUGUAAUAUAUUGUGUUACAUUAAUCUUUCUCCUAUUGUGAAAAAAUGAUUGUGUUAAUGUUUUUAUUGAAUAUGUGGAAAAGCAUAUUUAGUAUAUGUAUGUUUUGAAAGUGGCAAUGAAAACUGUGGAGCGUAAAAACUAAAAAGAUAGCUGUUGACUAGCUUCCAGUUCUUUCAUGGCAAUCCUCUUUUUCAAGAGUUUCAUUAUCUGUCUUCUAAAAUUCAAAUUUUGAAGCUAAAGGGCUUGGUACAGUGAGCAAUAAAUAUUUGUGAAAAUCCAGCUUUCACUGACGUUGUUUUGUUUGAAUACAAUGUGCCUGCUGCAGCUUUUGGAGUCUAUAUAUUGUUUUGAAAUGACAAAGACAUAACUGUAAUUUAUCCUGUUUUGUAGUAUUUUGUAUUUAAAGAUCAGUGCUUGUAUCAAUAAUAAUUAAUUAAAUAUUUUAUUAAGUAACUACAUUGCAAUGUCAAAUAUUUGGCUUGAUAUUAACAUAUACUUGUAACAGAAGGGAGCAGGAUAUGUUUACAUAUAUAAAUAAAUCUGAUAUACAAAGGUGUUGUUCCAUGAACAUGGUUAGAGGCUUUUGCACUCAGUCAUUGUUAAAGAACUAUGUGAUAUGUGCAAGAAGAAUUUCUCAGUCUUAAAAAAUUAUUCCUUGGGCAAUGCUUCUGAAAAUAGGAAUACAUUUAUACUGUGGUUUAAAAUACUUAUAUUUCAGUACCAUUAACCUUAAGCGAGGUAAGAGUUAUUGUUAAAAUAAUAAAACAAAUUCUGGAAUAAUCUAAAA